AUGUUGAAGGUAGAAUCCUUUGUUAGAAGAAUACGGCAUUCUUCUACAAUGAUACCCAUGGAAUAUUUUGAUGAUUAUAAUUGCUUGGAGGAUCUGUUGAAUUCUGGACAUAAUAUACUUACUAAACACGAGGCUUUUUCUGUAGGAAUUUUUUAAUUUAA